CAUAGGGGCAAUAAAGGCUGGUCAGUGUUUUCCGAGCAGAGGACAGAGUUUUUAUGGAGGUAAAAGUCCAGCUGUGUGGAGCAGUGGCCAUAAACGAUGAUAAGCCUCUCGGUCUGAAGGGCGACGACUUCGCCUGCCUCAUCCUCUCAGGCUGCUGUGGGAGACGCAGCUGUGGUCAGAUCUGCUGUGUGGUUCUCCAUCGGGUCUUCUUUCCAUACGAGUGGUUCUAAAAUCAGGUCUUCUCUCCAGUGGUUCUCCAUCGGCCAUGGACCGUCCAGGCCUUCGCUUCUCAGCACCCCUGCUGCUCCUGCUGGCCUUCCUCAGCCAAGGCCUCUGCCAGCUCUGCCAAGUGCCAUCUGAUCUUUUACUGCCUGAGAACACAGCGGUGGAGCAUGUGAUCGUAACGGUCACCACACAGGGAGUGGUGAAUCUCAACUUAGCAAACGACUUUGAUGGGACAUUUCGGAUGGAUGGAAAAAAUGUCGUCCUGAACAAACCAUUAGACUAUGAGACUCCACCAAUCAGUUAUUCCGUGAAGAUUCAAUGUACAAAAGAUCUUGAUACCAUGGAGACAAGCAUCAUAGUCAUUGUGGAGAAUGUAAAUGAUAAUCCUCCAGUGUUUGAGCAAAACCUCUACACACUGGAAGUCGAUGAGCUGCUUCCAUUGUUUACAGAUGUGGGCCAGAUCGCGGCCACUGAUCCAGAUAACUUGGGUCUCCUGUAUUACACGAUCAUACCCGACCCCACCCAGGACUACUUCGCACUGCAGGCCCCCAGCCUGCCAAACAUCCUGGUGAAGCAGCGCCUGGACUUCGAUACAGUUCAAAGGGUGCAAUUCACCUUGAUUGUCCAGGACACGCAGACGUCAACCCCACAAACUCUUUCGGCCACCACCACGGUCAUAAUCAAUAUCAAAGACAUUGACAACCGGCCGCCAUGGUUUCAACCCUGCACCCCGGAGACCUACAACCAAGCCACAGUCUGCCUGAACGCAGGGUACAAUGGGCAGGUCACCCUAACACAACAAACCACUGGUCCUCUGCCUUUGACGCCUGAGAACCUCCGUGCGGUGGAUGGGGACAAAAACCUCAAUGCACAUAUUUCUUACAAACUCCUGGGUGUGAGCGACAUCUUUGACCUCAAUCAAGGCACCGGAGAGAUUACGAUGAAUAAACCUGUUGAUGUGGAAGGUCCUAUUAUCCUGACUGUUAUGGCUUUUCAGACGGAAAAUGCUGAUCAGUUCUCUACCACCACUGUGACCUUUGAGGUCAAGAUCAUGAGCGUGCAUCCGCCCAUAUUUGAAAAGGACACCUACGAAGGCUACAUCUCCUUGGACGCAGGUGUGAACAGUCUGGUCCUGGAGGGGGAGUUCUCCACCAAACCGCUCCGGGUGCAGGCCACAGACCAGGACUAUGCUGAUGGCUUCAAUCCUGACGUGCAGUAUGAGAUCCAGGGCAGCAGUGACUUCAGCAUCACGCAGCAGGGCUUCAUCCUCAUGGCAAGGACGGCCCCUGCAGGCCCAGUCUCCAUCAAGGUGCGUGCCGUGGACAGCAAAAGUGGUGAUGAAGCAGUAACUGCUGUGCAGUUGGUGGUGUCUCCAGAGACGCCUACCACCACAGCUAUGCCCUCUACGACUACCGACAUGCCAACCACCACUCCCGAUAUGCCAACCACCACUCCCGACAUGCCAACUACCACUACAGACAUGCCAACCACCACUACAGACAUGCCAAGCACCAGCACUGCUAUGCCAUCCUCUUCAGCUGCCAUGACUAGUACUCCCUCUCCACAGACCACAACAGACGGGCCGGCCCUGGCGGCAGGGAUGUAUCGUAUGGAGGACAUGAUUGCCGUGGGAGUGUCUCUGGGCAUCCUGCUCCUUAUCUGCAUGGUCCUCAUCGCUCUCAUGGCCGUCUACAUCAACAGCCACAAAAAGGACAACCGCAAGAUCAAGGAAGUCAGCCAUUUCCACAGCAAUCUUUCUGCAGUGUCUCUUGGACCAAAGGGCGGAGUGCAGUACAUUAACAAAGGCUUCCAGAAGGACGAAGACGGGGCCGGCUCCAUGGCCUCAGAUGAACCAGACUGGCCCGCCCGUGCAGUGGAGGCACCGGUCAGCAAGGCCGCAGCUGUACCUCUGUACGAGACGGCCAGAGGCGAAACCAGCAGCCUGGCGAGCAAGAGCGAGUCUGAGAAGGAGGUGAAACCCAUCCUGACCAAAGAGAGGAAGGACGAGGAUGGCUACAAGGCCGUCUGGUUCAAACAGGACAUUGAUCCCAAGGUCGAGGUCACUAUCAUUCCCGACCGUGCCGCGCAGGAUGAUGACGAAGAUGAAGAUGCAGAUGAAGAUGAUGGGUCAGAACGGGGAGGGGAUAAUUUGUCACUUGACGAAGAUGAUAUGCGGGGAGGGGUUAAUUUGUCAUAUGACCAAGAUGAAAACUCCGACUUGGAUGAUUUCCCACAAACGUCCGAUUUGUAGCUUAAGAGAACAACUGUUCAUUGUUCCUUAUACAAAGACUCCAAUCAUAAAGCAAUGUGAUUUUCUUGAUUAGGGCCACGACAGGUGAUGACACUGGCCCAGUGUUACUCUAUACUAUGCUUUGCACUUUUGUAAAUAUGUACAUGUCAGGACAAGCUAUUUUUAAUUUUAAUACAAAUAGUAUGAAGUGAUUAAGAAUAUUAAAGCACUUUUUAUUGGCCUAAAAGCCCUUAAUGUUAAAGUAUAAUAUUACUCUGAAAUGGCUUGAAAUCUUGUUUAAACUUUAAAAGACUUCAUUUAUGACUGUAUAAAAUGCCAUGAUAAUAAAGAAGCCAAAUGACAAA